CCUCAAUAAACUUUGUUUAAAUGCAUUGUACUACUGAAUUCUAGUGCAAAUUGUCGCCCACGACGUACAUAACUGUAUUUUGAUCAGGAGAUAAGUACACGCGUCGAAUUUAAGUUGGUAACGUUAGAAAAUACGCGUGUUAUCAUAUUUAUUGCUUUCAUGUACUAGGAAAAUAUGAUAAGGUGAAGAUCACGAACGAAUUACGUUGAAAUACACGCCACGCGCGUGUACAAUGUAAAAAGCGUUUGUAUCGAGUAAAUUUAGCUCGGCAGGUCGAUCACUCAAAGCCCUACGUCACCCGCGCAAGCGUUCCGUCGACUCAGCUGUAAGAUCAGUGACCUCGAGAAAAAACCACGCUAUCAUGCGUGACCCUAACCUAAAUACAAACAUUUCAUACUUUUCAGACCCUUUCAUACAUACUAUAACUUACUUACCUGUAGAAAACGAGCCGUUACUCACUGUCACGCGGGAAAUCCCACACUACAAAGCGAAAGUGGCCACAGUGACGCCGCGGGCCACAAUCGAAGUUUCAUCAUCUUUUUCCACUGUAUUUCACCGACACAACACACUUUAUGCACUUAUUUGGUAAUUGAAACGCGUGCUAACGACAAUUACACUACUAAAAACACUUUUAGUUAGCAUGUUAUACGCACUUUAAGCACAUGACUCGACAAAAACAUUGAGCUGAAAACACCACAUUUUGAAAAAGGAUACACUUGAAGCCUCUGUCCCAUGUCCUGUAUUAAAUUCGCGGCCUGCUGCCGAUAUGCCAAUUCUUUAUCUGCAUCUAAACCGCAUUUUCUGCUUGGAGAACUGAGCAAUUGUUCUUUUGUAAAAUACCAUUUUUCUUGCCCACCAGCCAUUGAGCGGAUAUUCCGACUGCGCGCGAGAAAGCACGACGGAGAGCAGAGCUCCGUCUAAGUGCGUGAGUGGGAAAGGGAUAGCGCUAUGACAGCGGCGACCGGACGUAGACCACGUUAACAUUUGAGAGAUUUAAAACUUGUAAUUUAACAUUUUGAAUGUACAACACUGAUAUUUAUCACUAAUUAACAACUAAAAAUAAACUUGGUUUUUUUAAAAGUCCAAAUCAAUUAUAUAACACUGGAGAAAAAUUCGUCACAACACAAAUUCUUGGUAGGUAUUCUUAAACGGACGCCAUUGUAAAACUUGGUGGUCAACGCAGUAAGGUCUCCGGUGACAGAAUGCGGAUCUGCAACAAUCACAGUUAAUCCGUCAACUUCAGCCAUGUCGCAGCCUCCAGGCAAAGUGAUCCAUCUUCCAAAAGUCAGGAUGCUUAGUCGCGGCGGUAGAGUGUCGUCUGGAGUACGCAUCACCAAUGUGAAGUCAAUUAAACCACCAGACCCUGAGAUUCUGAAGAAACAGGAAGAGGAGAAGCUUAGAGCUCAGCUUCAGAAGGAAAUUGUGUCCCGAUCCCGUCUCUGCGCUAACAAAAGCUACGAAUGCCUUCUACCAGUGAUAUCUGGGCGUCAGUACUGCUACCGGCAUAUCACAAGAGAUCCAACAGCUCCAUAUAGACAAUGCAACCAUACCUUCAGCAAUGGAGAGCGGUGUAAUAUGCCCGCUCCCAUAGACUCCAGAGACCAUAGGGAUCCAGGCUUAUGUUUCGAACAUGCCCGCGCGGCGCUGUACGCCCGGCAGCGCAGCGCAGCCGCCCCACCCCCAGUCGUCACCACGGAGACUCUUCUAAACCAACUACAGCAUUAUGUUAAGCCGGAACGUCCUCGCACAACGUCCUGUGCAUCAUCAGUGUCGGUCGUCAGCGAUCCUGCUGAACAGGAACAGGCUGAACCACAGGUCGUUGAUCCCUUCAAACAACUAGACGCGACAUCAAUAAACAAUGCGUACGCUACGUCAAUGAUGGAAUGCGCCAGUUGUAGCGAUAGUGAUGGGGAGAGCGUGACCUUGGGCCCCGGCGGGGAUUGUCGCGCGGGGGACCACGAGGACCUCUCCGAUACUGAGGACGCGCCGUGCGAGGAGUUGCCACUAUGGAAAGCCGGAGUCUACACAGCUGAAGAAGCAGUAUCUGUAGCCAAAACGUGCCUGAAAUUGUUACAAUCUGCGUAUAUAAAGCAAAUGUCAAGACUCAGAGUCUUGCUACAAACAGCUAGACUGAAUUACCUUAGAGAUAUGAAAGCGGAGAAGGAACAGUAUUGUAGCAUAAACGCACAAUCCCGAAGCGGUCCACUAACGGUACGUGAGCGGAGACAGCUGCGCAAGUUAAAGGCGUUCGCCAGCUACCACAGGAAGCAUGGACAGGACGCCGUGCUAGCUAGGAAAUUGCAUCGGAAGCGGGAUAAGCUAAGCAGUGCAUCAUCAGGCACGCGUCCGCUCCCCUCGCAGGCUCGCUGCACGUUCGCCGAGGGCGGCGUGCGAUGUCCCGCGCCCGUGUUACCGGCCGCACGCCACUGUCUCAAGCAUAUAUUGCAUGAUACAAACCAGGUGUUAUUUGCGCCAUGCGGCGAUACCCGCGGCGUAGCGUCGUGUCGGGAACCGGUCGCUAAGCUCCCUCUACCGUCGACAGCGUGUCGCUACCAUACCGACCCGCCUGUCUAUACUGUGUUCAAUUUAAAGAAAGACGGAUCGGACACAGAAUCUGAACCACAAUCAUCAUCAGACGAAUCUCACGUCGACGAGGCAGACGCGUCAACGGACGACCGCGUCGCUAUCCAAGAGUUGGAAGAGGUCGAAAUGACUUCUUUCAUACCCCAGGAACUGACGGACGAAUGACGAAUAGCCGAACUGGUUUACCAAAUGUAUGAGGACUUUGGACAGUGAAAGACAGUGAAAAAGUGAUUAAAAGUAUUCCUAUUAUGUGGUACUCAUAACAGUGAAAAGCGAAUGUUACCUUUAUGGGUAAAAACGUGUGUUGUGUUUGUGUU